AUGCUCUCACGUGUUGCUGCAGUGAAGGCACCCCGCACACACAACCGUUGCCGCAUGACCGGAUCCGGCGGGAGGAGGAGGGAAGGAAGAGAGAGUGAGCCGCAGAGACCCAACAUGUCUCGGCACGUGUUUAGUUUUGCGGUGCUGCACCUCUUCGUCGUGUUGGUGAUGUGCUGCCGUGGAGCUGCAUCCAGUGAGAUGGAAACGGCAGUUGUUGAGCCAACUUCUCCCAUGCCUUCACCGAAAGUUCUCAUUGAUGCUGGGGGGAGCGUUUCAGGGAAGGAGCAACCGCUGCAACGGGUCGAUCUAUUUGUGCCGAAUCAGACGCUGGUUGUACCGAAAGGUGGAACUUCUCCAGAAACGACGAGGGAUUCAUUUGUUUCCCCAUCUCUCGUCAGUGCUGGCGGAGUAAUUGCUGCUUUUGCCGCAGGUUACAUGGAUUUUAAAAGGCCGACGGAUGCAUCAAUUAAGCCCUCUUUUGGUGUUGUUGCGGGGUACAUGAACUCUGCGUGGAAUUGGUCCGCUCUUGUUGCUGAGGUCAAUAACAGUACAUGGAAAGCACACACCGUGCUUGGUACAGCGGAUACAGAGGUUCGUGUGGGCGGUUUGUUCAACCCCACAACAACCACGAAGGGAAAUAAGUUUUUUCUUCUUGCGGGAAGCUCUGAUGCGCAAAAAGAAGGUCUGGAGUGGAAAUGGGACAGCCUGGAGCUGAAACUGGUUGUGGGUGAUGUCACGAAGCCUACGGUGAGCGAGCCGAGUCAACGGAUCGAAUGGACAGAAUCUACAUCGUUGUGGAGCCAGGUUUCUGUACGUACUCACGAACGUCAAUUUAGGGGGGCUUUACCUUCUGGUGGCUCAGGUGUUCUGAUGGAGGAUGGCACGCUCGUGUUUUCUCUGAUGGCGGGGGAUAAAUCAGGAUUCAUUUACUCCAUGAUUAUUUAUUCGACGAACAACGGCAGUACCUGGGCGCUCUCAAAGGGCGUUUCCCCUGCGGGCUGCCGUUACCCCCGCAUCACC